AUGGGAGUUUUCUUUGUGGGAACCUCACUCACCCUUCGCCAAUGCCCCCUCUCACUCUUCGUCUGUCACGUUUUCCCAUAUGGGUCAUUUCACAUGGGAAAGCGCAUACUCAGUAAUUUCAGAGGAACCAAAUGUCCACCAGAACCACCACCACAGACUCUCCCAGAUCUCUUAACCUUCGCAGACCAAAGGCUAGCUAUAGUGUACCCAGUAAUCCAAACCUUCAAGAAAACCAUAACCUCCGAUCCCCUCGGCGUCACCAAAACAUGGGUAGGCAGCGACAUAUGCAACUACAAAGGUUUCUUCUGCGACAGCCCACCGGACAACAGAACCGCCACCGCAGUCGCCUCCAUUGAUUUCAACGGCUUCGGACUUACCGCUCCAACUCUCGACGGCUUCCUCGACCAACUCCUCGACAUCGCUGUCUUCCACGCCAACUCAAACAACUUCACGGGCACCGUAUCCCCUAAAAUCUCCCAGCUCCGCUAUCUCUAUGAGCUCGACUUCAGUAACAACAACUUCUCCGGCAAAUUCCCAACCGCCGUAGUAAACAUGGUUGGCCUCUCCUUCUUAGACAUCCGGUUCAACUCCUUCACCGGUUCGAUCCCGGCUCAGGUAUUCACCCAAACCCUCGACCUUCUCUUCGUCAACAACAACAAUUUCAUGGAGAAGCUUCCCGAUAACUUGGGCAACACUUCGGUUCGCUACCUCACCUUGGCCAACAACAAGUUCAUGGGUCCCAUACCCAAAAGUAUCGGCAAAGCUGCUAACACAUUGGUUGAGGUUCUGUUCCUGAACAACCAGCUCUCGGGUUGCCUUCCCUACGAGAUCGGGUUGUUGGUUGAGGCAACCGUGUUCGAUGCCAGUUUGAACCAGCUGACCGGACCAUUGCCGUGCUCGUUAGGUUGCUUGGAGAAGAUAGAACAGCUCAACUUCGCGGGGAACCAAUUGUAUGGGGCGGUGCCGGAAGUGGUGUGUGCGUUAGGGAAUCUAGAGAACCUGUCGUUAUCUGAUAAUUAUUUCACGCAUGUGGGCCCGAUCUGCAGGAAUUUGAUAAAGCGACGUGUGCUUGAUGUUAGGAAGAAUUGCAUUCAAGAUUUGUCGUCGCAGAGAUCAGUGGCUGAGUGCGCUUUGUUCUUCGCGCAUCCAAGGAUAUGCUUGAACCUACUGUCGUACAGUAUCAUUCCUUGCAAGUCUUCUCACUGGCCGUUUCCGUUCCCGUGGAAAUUCCCUCCACGUUCUUCUUCGGCUCAAUCGAAGCAGCCCAAGGCUCCUUCCCCUUCUUACUCUGCUCUCAUAAAGCAUCGCUUAUGAAUUUUUUUUUUUAUUUUUUUUUUUUAUUU